AUGCUAAGGUUGUUUAAGCACAAGUCAGAGAAAUCCUGGGAGAGAUUGGAGUUCAAGUUCUCUGAUGUUCGGGCUUUUCAGGUGCCGAAAGGAUGGGAUAAGCUUUUUGUGUCUAUUGUUUCUGUGGAAACAGGAAGAACCAUAACCAAGUCGGGGAAGGCAUCUGUAAGGAAUGGAACUUGUCAAUGGGAAGAGGGUUUUUCAGAAUCUAUUUGGAUUUCACCACAUGAUGCUUCCAAAGAUAAUGAAAAAUGCCUUGUUAAACUCGUGGUUGCUAAGGGAUCAGCUAGAUUUGGUACACUUGGAGAGGCUACAACAAAUUUGGCCAACCACAUUACGUUAGGAACCUCUGUUCCUGUUUCAUUACCACUCAAAAAAUGUGAACAUGGGACAAUCUUACAAAUUAAAAUUCAAUGCCUAACACCAAGAACAAAGCUUAGGGAUGAGCAAUUUAAAGACGCAAAGUCAUACAAGGAGGAGAUGAAUGUUGACUACAAUGACAUAGAUAAUAAAUCAGAUGUGUCUGAUAGUGCCUUCAACAGGAGUGUUGGACCAUCAUCUAUUCAAAACUUGGACAGCACAUAUUUUUCAGGAGAAAUUUGUGUGGCAGGGUAUGAAAUAAGUUUCUCAGCAUUGACUUCAUAUGGUAGAUUUGAUUCCAUGGGGGGUUCCAUUGACACAGAAAUAGUUUCCACUCGAAAUAAUUUAAAUGGGGUUACAAACAAUUAUCUGAGUGGCAAAUAAGAUUCAACCAGCUCUGAAGAUGGUUGUGGUUCUUAUUCUUUUAGUCGUGCUUCAAGAUCAAAUAACUCAUCCUUUACUUCAAGGUUCUCAGGCUCAGGAAACCAUCUCCAUAAACAAAGUGAAGACUUUGGUGAAGAUUCACAUGGCAAUGCCACAUCACUGCCGCAGAAUUCUGCUUCAACUAAAGACCUUCUGGAUGCUGCAGAAGUUACAAUUGACUUACUUCGGGCUGAAGCUCGGAUGUGGAAACAAAAUGCUCGAAAGCUAAUGAUUGAUCUGGAAAGAUUGCGGAAGGAAUUAUCUGAUCAGUCAGAUAAUCGGGCAAGUCUUGAAGUGGAGCUUGCAGCUUCACAUACUAAAUGUGAUACCUUGAAGCUGGAAAUUGAGCAACUAAAAGUCUUAUUGGAGGACUCAAAGUUGAAACAAAAUUCCUCUGAACUUGAAAACUUAGAUCAUAUUCAAGAGGCACUAAAAGAUGAGCUCAAGUAUCAGAAAGAUUCAAAUGCCACAUUAUCCUUGCAACUAAGGAAAACUCAAGAAUCAAAUGUUGAGCUCGUUUCUAUUCUUCAUGAGCUGGAAGAUACCCUAGAACAGCAGAAACAGGUGAUCGAUAAUCUUUCAAUGGCCAAGUCAGGUUAUGAAGAUAUAGAAAAGCAUAGCCAUGAAUAUCAAGGCAAUUCAAACAAGCAUGUUUUAGCCAAUGAGAUCAGAAAGGUCUCUUGUGAAUCAAAUCUACAAGGUGGUGCUGUUGAAUACAUAGUACAUGAUCUGCAGAAAGGAAUUGGAGAGGACAAUGGGAUUUCAGAGCUUCAGUUCCAACAGUUGCAGGAAUCACAUAAGAACUUGGAAAGUACCAUCCAGAUUCUGGAGAAAUGCGUGGAGGAGAAGGACCAUGAGAUAGAGACCGAACAAGGUUUCAAGACUCAAAUUCUAAUGGAGUGUGAGGCAGAAUGGAGAGGUAGAUUAACCGAAAAAGAGGAAGAAAUCAUCAAUUUGAAAGCAAAAUUAUCUGAAGCUCUUGAUUCUCAAAGUUCAAGGGAAAUGGAGUUUGCAGGUGGAUGUGAUUCUGCUCUUAUCAAAUAAAUCGAGGCUUCGAAGCAGGUGCAAGAGCUUAAAACAUAUUGCGGUGAGCUUUCGGAUGAGAACUCAAAAUUUCAAUUUAAGUUCAUGGAAUCAAGGGAGGAUCUUCAGACAUCUGCCGCCUCUUCUAAUUCUUCAUUAGGUGAGGAUCCACACUAUGAUCUUUCUCCCACCUCUGAAUCUGAAGAAAGCCAAUUGAAAUUUCAAACAUGUAAGCCUGAAGAGGAACUGAAGAAGGAAAUUUUUAUCAAUGAAGUUUCUGCCAACCACUUAGAGAUUCAAUGUACAGAUUUCUGGAAGAAGUGUGCAGACCUGGAGCAUCAGCUGCAUGCUUUCAAGGACAAACAUGUGCCAGAUGGUGUGAACAUGGAAUUAGUAUCUAAAGUGACAAACCUAAGUAAGAAACUGCUGGAAAAAACUUUUGAGGCCGAGAAGCUCAAGGCUGACAGCAUGAUGAAGGAAACUCAGAUUACUAAUCUUCAGGAAGAGAAAAGCCAGGUUGAAGAAGUUAUAAACAAAUUUUUGGGUGAUUUGCAUAAUGAUUUGAUGGUGGUUAAUGGCAGUAUGGAUUUCCAGGAUACAGCUAGCAAGAUUCUUGAAAGGAAAUUAGCGGAAAUAGAAAAUGACAGACAUGACUUGGAAGUCCACUGGUCUGAACUAGAAGUGGAAAAUGUGGAGUUAUCAGAACGAAUAUUUGGCUUGGAAGUUGUGUUGAGAUGUGUUACUGAUGAGAAGGAGGCAAAUCGUCUGGUAAAUCAAAAAUUAGAAUCUCAUGCCAUUAGUCUCAAGGAUGAAAUUAGAAGAUUGGAAACUCAACUAGAGGAACAAAAAGUUGAUAUGAAACAGAAGUUGCAAAACAUGCAGAACAGGUGGUUAGAAGCACAAGAAGAGUAUGUGAAAUUAGUGAAUCCAAGUUCACAAUUAACGACUGGAGGUCUUAGUGAAGAAUGUUCUUCACUUCAGAAAUCAAAUGGAGAGCUAAGGAAGAAAAACUGGGAAUUACAUAAGCAUUCAGUCUUGGAAGCAGAACAAUUGGAAUCACACAAGGUUUUUUCUCAUGUGUUAAAUGAAGUUGAAGCUUUAGAAGAAAAAAUUUCUUUAAUGCAAGAAGAAGUUGCCUCAAAGGGAAAGGCCAUAACUUCAGAACUAGAUGUACUUCUCCAUGGAAACCAAAGGCUUAAAGAGAAGAUUGUUCUCGAAGAGAGCUUGUUAAAUCGAAUCUACUUGGAGAAAACAGUUGAAGUUGAGGACUUGAAAAGACAGGUUGCACAACUCACUGAACAGAUAUCUCUAGAAAAGAAGAGAAAAGCUUUAGAAGUUGCACAUGAAGUUCGUUGUUUACGUGCUGAUAAAGCUAUGCUUGAAGCUGAUCUUCAAGAAGUCCGAGGACAAGUUAAAUUAUAUGAAAACAAGCUUGGUAUUCUUCAAGAGGAGUAUGAAGCAAAGGUGCAAGGACUAAUUGGUGAGCUCAUGGCCAGCAAGCAAAACCAGGAAAUUCUCAUGGCUGAUCAUGGAAAGGUGCGAAGGCAAUUGGAAGAUGUUAAAUCUAAAGAAAAGGGGCUAAAAAGCAUCAUUAGAGGCCUUGAGAAAAGCAUCAUUAGGGGGCUUGAGAUAGAGUUUAAAUCUUCUGAAUACAAGAGGCUACAGCUAACAGAAGAAAUGUCCAGCCUUAAGGUUCAAUUACAGAAAGCAGGAAUGCUUCAGGAUGAAGCUUUGGCUUUUAGGAGAUCACUCACUGAUGCCAAACUUGAAAAUGGAAGACUGGAAGCUUCAUUUCAGAUAUUAGCUGCAGAUUAUGAAGAGCUGAAGGCUGAGAGGGUCUCACUUAUUCAGAAAACGGGUAGCAUGCAGAAUUCUUCAUCCGAAUCAGAGGACUGCAACCACAUAGUUGCUCUUGAGGAAAAGAUUUUGCGGCUGGAGUGGGAUCUAACUGCAAGAGAAGCAUUAUGUGCCCAUAAUGCUAAGCUGAAAAAUGAGUUUGCCCAGCUUAAGAGAGAAAAUAGCCAAUUUCAGAGACAAAUAAAAUAUCUUCAGGAAAAACAAGAAUGCCUGAAAAGAGCUCAAGCUCUUGAAGAUGCACUAAGACAAAACAAAGAAGUAAAAGCGGACCACAAGAAGUCCACCGGUGCAAUUCUUCCUUAUUGUCAUGAAUCCAAAGCCAUGAGUACUUCUGUUCACGACGAAUCAAGGCUCUCACAGAAAGAUGAUAAUAACAGCACAAGUCAAUCCAGCGACGAGUUGUCUUUGGAAACUGAUCAACUAAAACUUUCAUAUGGUCAAGGCAGAGAACAAGUUGAAAGACAAAAAGAUGAUAACAAACAACAUUUUGAUACUCCUGCUGGAAGUUCUCAAGGUAAAGGAAUUGAUCCUAUGACAAAGAUCCAAUAUUUUCUUGAGAGUGAACCUUCUUAGUAUAUGAAGACAAGUGAGAUGCUUGAAACCCAGCUUAAGAGGUAG